UAAUUUAAUUAUAUUAAAGUAUUAAAGUUUGUAGUCUAUCGAUUUUUAAUCGAUUAUUCUCAUUAUGCCAUAAUUUGAUGCGAACAUAAAUUUAAUUCUUAACAUUUAUUCCUGAGCUUUGUGUCAUCUAUAGUUCAAUCGAAUUGACUUAUCAAAAUCGAUAUAAGUAAAAAAAGAAUAAGUGUUUCAAUUGCUCUGAGCAUUUGUCGUAUUGCACGUGCAGAAAACCUUGUGAUAAAACCACACAAAGAAAAUUACAUAAUGUUAAAGUUGGACAACUGUCAUCAUAGAGAACAUUAUGUGAAGAAUGGGUUGUGGUUCACCGAAGACCAUAUUCCAGUACGAAAGCUAUUUCUCACCAACAUUCCGGAAGAUCUGAAGGAGGACACGUUAUUUGAGCAUUUCAAAAGAUUUGGGAGUGUCAUCAGUGCUCAGCUCUUCUACAACGCUGGAUUCGUUCUCUUUGCCAAUGCAAGCGAUGCGACCAAAGCUUUGGAAAUCAAAAAUCAUCACGUGAAUGGCCAUAUAAUCGAUGUCAUUGUGGCCGAAAGUUGGCACCAACCGGAUUCGUUUGAGGCUUCACAGCCCCCAACUGCCGGCGAUCAGUCAGGGGAGGCGUACAUUUUAAAGAUUCCUGAUGAUUGCCUAUCAAUGAUUCUAAAAUUUCUUCCAUUGGCUGAUCAAGUCCACUUCCAAACUGUUUGCAAGCGCUUUCAGUUUGUAUAUCAGUUAACUGCACGAUCCAUACAUAAAUCUAUUGCUUCGCAAGAGUUGGAUAAUUUGACACUUUUGGAGUGUCGCCAGUUUUUUCUCAUUUCCGGACCAUGUGUAACGGAUUUAAAUUUAACUCACUCAAACUUUCCAGAGUGUAUGUUGAAAUAUUUUGGAAGGAAUUGCAUCAACUUGAAGUCUUUGCAACUUCCGCAGUUCCAAUUAACUGUAGAGAUCAUGUUUGAAAUAUUUUCCAGUACCGAUAAGUUGGAAAAUCUGAAACUAAAUAAUUGUUACCUGGCUGAUAAAACGCUGUUAGCUUUGAAGAACUUGAAGAAUCUCAAAAAACUUGACCUAGCCUGGAAUUAUUCUCUCAGUGGUCUUCAUCUAGAAGAGCUUCCUGUCUCGAUUGAAAACCUGAACCUGAUGGGUUGUCAUAGUAUUCAGUCAGGCUACUUAAUUCAGAUGUGCAAGUCUUUAACCAAUCUAAGGGAACUCGACAUUGGCUAUGUCGAUUCCAAUCUUGCAGAGGUUUUUAAUAAUAUGGUUAAAAAAGGCUACUGCCCUUUACUAGAAACAUUGCGACUUUCCAUUGAUGGCAAAUAUGAAGACAUAGCCCAACUACCUAAACUAAAGAGUAUUUACAUUCACUACAUAUCAGAAAAAAUUAACGUUACCGAACUCUUUGAUCAACUGGUACUUUUUAAAUCCAAGGAAUUGGAAGAAUUAAAAAUUAAAUUAAUAUUGGUUUGCUUCAUUACGAAGGAAAUACUCAUGAAAAUUCCAAAGUUAAGUGGAUUGAAGACUCUAGCGAUUUGUUGUACGCCCAACAUUGAUGAUGAAGUCUUGAACGCGUUUACCAACUUAAGAAAACUGGAGCACAUCGAUCUAGGAUUCUGCGAUCAAGUUAACGAUUCUAACGUUUUGCGUCUGGUACUUGGAUGUCCGAAAUUGCAGAAGGUGAGCCUUGUGGGUUGUUCACAAAUAACUCAAAAGUUAUUAGAUAAUAUCAUUUUAAAGAUUCCAAUUCACUACAAAAAAAAUGAGCGCAAGUUGCCCAUAACAAUUUAUCUAAGGUCAUCUAAGGGCUUCCAUACUCCUACAGCGCAGGAUAUAGUCAAGAUAAUUUCUAUAAUCUAAUAAAUUCAUAUAAAUUUAGAUUAAUAACUAAUUGAAAAUGUACUUUUUUUAAUAAAUAAAAAUAAGACCUUAA